UUUUUAAUAUUUUAUUCGGAGGCGUUUUGUGGAGUGGUCUCAUUAUUGUCGGGGAGACCCUUGGGAGCGAGAUUUCUGUCAGAUGGGCAGGGGUCGCUGAGCACUCUGGUUCAAGCCGUGUGCCACUUCAACUACCUGAGUACCGAACUACUUUUGAAUUCCAUGCUGGCACAAUGAGAUGUUGGAUCUUCCUGCUCCUCCUCGGAGGAGUUGGGGUGCCCAGAUGGUGUGAUCAGCUCCUGGGAGUCACAGCAUCUGCGGUACAACCUGGAGCCACCGAUGUUGGAACGGCCCAGAUUCCGACUCGACAGCAUCUGCUUUGGUGCGCAUGCAUUGGUCCCAAGCCGCGCAUGCGGGUGAUUCUCUUCUGAGUCCAGCGCUUGCUGCGCCGAACGAAGACCUUACUUUUGCGCAGUUGUUUUCAGCCGCUCCGGUCGACUGUGUGUCGGUCUCUCAUGGCUUUCUGGACUAUUGCCACCUCAUCCAACACAUUCAGCCGUACUAUAGCAUUCCCUUGCUGGUGCUUUGGGUGUUGCUGCUGCUGUGGCUCCUCAAUGAUACCGCUGAGGUUUACUUCGUUCCACCUUUAAGGUACUGGUCGGCGCGCUUGCGCCUCAGCCCCUGCCUGGCGGGCGCCACUCUGGUGGCCGUCGGCAACGGUGCUCCCGACUUGGUGAUGACCGCGCUGGCACCAACCACCUUGGAGUCCCUCCACAUCGUCAUUUGCGACACAGUAUGCAUCCUUUGUGUCGCGGGUGGUGCGGUUGUUUAUCUCCGAGCAAGAGCUCAACUAGAGACCAAGGAUCCCAGGAGCAUGUCAGAAGUCGAGCCGUUGAAUGGCAGCACCUAUGUGGCUGGUGCUGCAUGGCUUGGCUUAGCCCUGGCCUAUUUGUUGGGUCUUCUGGUGUCCAGCCAGAUCAACUUGGGAGCCGCCUUGGUGAUGCCAACCAUGUAUAUCGGUUUUAUGGUGACUUUGUCGUACCUGGACAAUGGUGCGCCCUUCGAAGUGGAGCCGGUGAUGGGCCCAGCGCCAAUGCUGCCUGGCCUUGCGCCGCCGAAGGAGGGUGGUGUGGGAGAGACCAUUUGGUGGGCACUGACAAUGCCCACCUAUGUGCUCCGCUGGAUGCUGGUGCCCCCAAGCGACUUCUACUGGGACCGCACGCGGCGGAUCUUCGCGAGUGCCUCGCCAGUGGCUCUCCUCGUCUUCGCUCUCUGGAGCAGUGGCGCGGGUUUCCGCUGGUUCGUCACCAGCUCGUGGUCCAUGGCCUUCGCCGUCCUGGCGAUCGCAUUGAGCACGGUGCUGCUGCUCUGCAGUGAGGAUGGCCACCUGCCGAGGCUCUACCCCUUGACCACCCUCCUCGCCAAGGUCUCUUCCGUUCUGUUGCUCUUAGCGAUUGCCAGAGAGCUCACCGUUUGCUUCAAGACGGUUUGCUUAUUCCUGGGCGUGUCGCGCUUCGUCCUGGAGAGCACGGUGGUGCCCUGGGGCAACAGCCUGGGCGACCUCGUCACGGCUGUGGCGAUGGUGCGACAGGGCCAGUCCGAGGCAGCGGCCACGGCGCUCUUCGCCGCUCCGCUCUUCAACGUCCUGGUGAGCGCAGGUCUUACGUUGAUCUUGACCACCAGCCACGGGCAGGUCAUCGCGCUGGAAGAUGCCAUGGGGCAGCUCAAGGCUGGGGCUGUGGCGAUCGUGGCCUGUGUGGUGCUGCUGGGCGCUUUGAACUUCGAAAAGCAGGUGGGUUGGCUUGGGACCUUUAGCCUGGCCGGUCUCUACUUGCUCUUCAUGGCGAGCGUCGUGGUGUCCGAGUUGCGCGGCUCCGCGCUCGCUUGAGCGGCGGGGAGCCGCGGUGCGGAUGUUGUGCGGAUGAUGCGGAUGCCGGAGCGGAUUUGGAUCGAAGAAAAAGGAAGGAU